AUGCUGGGGCUCGCCAGCCUUCUCCUUUUAGCUCCUUCAUGGGCAUUUUGCAGUGAAAUUGGAAAGUCAGACCUGACAUCUCAGGAACGUCAAUGGCUAAUCAAUUUCCAUCACAGCCAAAGAGAACAAGUUAAACCACCUGCAUCUAACAUGAUGUAUAUGAAUUACUCCAUGGACCUCGAAGAUCUGGCUGCUUCAAUGUUGUCUUCCUGCAAAAUUUUGGAGAUAAAUGGGACGAAUAUGGGAAAUUACAGCUGGAAUUUGGCCUUCAGUUUGAAGGAGACACCAAGUGUUAAGGAGUUUGCCUCUGCCUGGGCACACCAAAAACGACAUUUUGAGAAUAGUCCGAAUGGAACUUGUUCUUACUGCGGAGAAUACAAAAAGGCUAUGCCUACACUAGCUGUUCUCUUACAAUCUGGUGAUCCUGAGUCGAUUACUGACAGUGGAAAUUGGCAAACCGAUUCUCCCUAUCUCCAAGGUUCAAGUUGUUCCGGCUGUGGAAUCAAUGUGACAUGCACUCAAAGUCAAUGCGAUCUUAAUCCACAAUCCAGAAAUCGUCUUGGAGUCAUGUUCUGGGGUUUUGUAGCCGCAUUCUUCUUCACGUUCUUUGACUAA